AUGGCAGGCAACAUUUCAGAUUACAUCUAUGUAUUAGUCAGACAUGAUCAUAAGGAGAUGUCCCGUACGGCUACAAUUCAUGAUCGCUGUCUCUAUCUUGCCAGAACUCCAAUCUUAGUAACAUCUGAUUUAGAUCUAUUAAAAGAAAUCUUAGUUAAAAGAUUUGCUGAUUUCCCAAAUAGAAAGAAAUCACCAGUCAAAGUUAAACCAUUAUCAGAUGGAUUGACGUCAUUGGAAGGUGACCAUUGGAAGCAUGCACGUAAUGUAUUGUCACCCGCAUUUACUGGAUCUAAGAUGAGACAGAUGGCAGGUAUGCUUAAUAAAUGUGCUGAUACCAUGGUUACAAUUUUGGAGAAAGCUGUAGAAGAUGGAAAAGAUGUAGAAUUUAAAAAGUAUGUGUUUGUAUCGGAACUCAAAUUCUUGUUUUAG